GCUCGGCAGAAACCCGUGAAAGCCUAGUGUCAAUACGCCGCUCUGAAAACUCGAAAGUCAAGCGGCAGAGCAGGAUGAAGGAGCUGGAGCAAGAGCGAGCCACAGGGGGAGGAGGAGGAGGGAAGGCUGGCACUAGAAAGGAGAAAGAUCAGAGCUGGAUCCCCAAGAUCAUCAAGAAGAGAGUGUGCAGCACGUUUGUGGAGGAUUCCUUCAGCAAUGGGGCGCUGUGCCAGUGUGGGGGUGUGCGGGACGCCCACACCUCUGUGGCCACGGGCGACUUCUUCGGCGCGGCCAUCGUCACUCAGUGGGAGAGCAGGCAUCACUCCUCAGAGACCCCCACCGAUGCUUUCGGGGAGUUGGAGUUCGCCGGAGCCGGACGGAGGCACAGUCAUUUCCUCCGCCUGUCAUGUGACACCUCAGCUCAAGUCAUCUACACCCUCAUGACGGUUCACUGGGGUCUCCCUGCGCCCAACCUGGUGGUGUCAGUGGUCGGGGGGGAGGGUCGAGCGAAGAUGAAGACAUGGGUGAGGGAAGUGCUGAGGAACGGACUGGUCCGGGCGGCGCAGAGCACUGGAGCCUGGAUCCUGACUGGGGGUCUGAGAGAGGGCGUGUCUCGAUGUGUUGGUGAGGCAGUCAGAGACCAUGGUGCUGCAGCUUCAGCUCUGUCUCAGAAGAAGGUCAUGGCAGUGGGGGUGGCCCCCUGGGGCCUGGUGCACAACAGGCAGCAGCUAGUCAACGCUCAGGGAAGCUUUCCCGCUCGCUACUACGUCCAGAACACUUCUCGAGACUCCUACUGUCUGGACAACAACUGCCAGGCCUUCCUUCUGGUGGACGACGGGAGUGUGGGCCGUCGGGGGGGAGAGACUGCGUUCCGAGCCAGUCUGGAGGAGUACAUUUCUCACCAGCGCACAGGCAUUUGGGGGAGCGGCAGCAUUGAGAUCCCUGUCCUGUGCAUGCUGAUCUCAGGAGACGGCAGCAUGCUGGAGCGAUUAGAGAUGUCUCUGAGGAAGUCUAAGCCCUGGCUGGUCCUGGCUGGGACUGGUCUUGCCGCAGACCUGGUCAGUGAGCUGGUGGAAGCUGUCCCGUGUAUCGCCCUCAGCCCUACAUCUUCAUCAGCAGAGGGCUGCACCACUGAGGGUCUCAGCUCGGAGCUCAGGGACUGGGUGCGGGAGAAGGUCUGGAAAUACUUUCCAGCUGAAGAAGAGCUGGAGAAAUUGGUGGACAGUGCCCUGAGUAUUUAUCAGAACCGAGAGUUCAUCACUGUGUUCAAUGGGGACCAAGAAGGUCAUGAUGACUUUGAUACAGUUCUCCUGAAAGCUCUUGUCAAAGCAAGCAAACAGAUCGCCAGCGAGGCAAGCGAGCACAUCGAGGAGCUGAAACUGGCCGUGGCCUGGAACAGAGUUGACAUCGCCAAAUCGGAGCUCUUCAACGGAGACAUUCAGUGGAGGUAUGAGGACCUGGAGGAAUCCAUGACCGACGCCUUGAUCAACGACAAGCCUCAGUUUGUGCGCUUGUUCUGUGAGAACGGUCUGAAUAUCCUGGACUAUCUGACCUACGGCCGGCUGGAGAGUCUCUACCAGUCACUGUCUGACAGCUCUCUAGCUUACGAGCUGCUGCAGAGGCGCCUCAAUGAGAGGCUGACAUCGGCUGGAUCCUUGGUCAACCUGGAUGGAGGGUCCCCGACAAAAGGCCCGUGGAACCCACUGACGGGACCAGCAUCUGCGAAGGAGCUCAGCCUUUAUGAGGUUUCCAGGCUGCUGUGGGACUUGAUGGGCGACGUCUGUGAGCCGUUCUACUACAAGCCUCUUGGGCUCAGCAUCAAACUCAGCACUCGGAAGGGGAUGAAGCAAAUCAACAAGAUGUUGCUUGCCGAGUGUUUGUACCGCAGCCAGCGCUGCCUCUCACCCUGGUCGGCUCUCUUCAUCUGGGCCGUCCUGCAGAACCGCAGCGAAAUGGCUGUUUACUUCUGGGAGAUGGCUGGGGAAGCGGUUCUGAGUGCUCUCGGCGGCUGCAAGAUCCUAAGGGAGCUUUCCAAGCUGGAGAUUGAGACGGAGAACAAGCUGGCCAUGAAGGAACUGGCCCAGAGGUUUGAAGAUAUAGCCAACGAUGUGUUUGGCGAGUGUUACCAAAGCAGUGAGCGUCGUUCCUUCACGCUCCUGAUCAGGAAGUCUCCAGUGUGGGGUGGAGCUACGUGCCUGCAGAUGGCCACUGCGGCCGACGCUCGACUGUUCUUCAGCCAUGACGGUGUCCAGUCGCUGUUGUCCCAAAUUUGGUGGGGAGACAUGGAGAGAAGCACAGACGUUUGGAAGCUGCUGGUCACCUUCUUCCUGCCGCCACUCAUCUACUCAGACCUUAUCAACUUCAGAGAGCAAGAUGAGGAGAUCAAGCCUGUGGAGAUCCACCACAGCAGAGAAAGUCUGUACGGCAAUGAUGCCACCGUCUUCUCUCUUGCGGACAUUGUCCAAAAUGAGGAAGACGCCGAGGAGCUGAAGGCUCUGAAAGAGAACCUGAAAGUGGCAACUCAGUCCAACUCCAAGAGGCCAUUCGUGGUGUCACGAUGGAGACAGUUCUGGUUCGCUCCAGUCACUUCCUUCCUGGGCAACGUGCUGAUGUACUUCCUCUUCCUCUUCCUGUUUGCCUAUGUCCUGCUGGUAGACUUCAAGCCGCCGCCCCCUGAAGGUCCAUCAAAUCUGGAACUGGUGCUUUACUUCUGGGUUUUCACCCUGGUGUGUGAGGAGAUCCGACAGACCUUCUUUGUGGGCAGCAACUUUGUGGUGCAGAAAAUGAGGAACUACAUCCAGGACGUGUGGAACAAAUGCGAUCUCACGGCCAUCGGCCUCUUUUGCUUGGCUCUGUGCUGCAGGAUGUUCCACUGGUCCUUUGAGUUUGGACGCGCAGUGAUGGCGAUAGACUACAUGGUCUUCACACUGAGGCUGAUCCACAUCUUCGCCAUCCACAAACAGCUUGGGCCCAAGAUCAUCAUCGUGGGAAAAAUGAUGAAGGAUGUCUUCUUCUUCCUCUUCUUCCUGGCUGUGUGGCUCAUGGCGUACGGAGUGGCCAACCAGGCCAUUCUCUACGACUAUGACCCGCGGCCCAACUGGAUCUUCCGCCGGGUCUUCUACCGACCCUACCUGCACAUCUUUGGACAGAUCCCCAUCAAUGAAAUGGACCUUGAUAAGCUGCUGGAGGUUCCAUGCACGGACAAUGUGACGCUGAUCGAAGCGGGACACGAGCCUUGUCUGAGCAACUACGCUAACUGGCUGUCAGUCAUCCUGCUUGUCAUCUACCUGCUGAUCACCAACAUCCUCCUGGUCAACCUGCUCAUCGCCAUGUUCAGCCACACCUUCUCCAAGGUGCAGGAGCGCAGCGACACCUACUGGAAGUUCCAGCGCUACAACUUGAUUGUGGAGUACCACUCGCGGCCUUGUCUUGCUCCGCCCUUCAUCAUCAUCUCACACCUGCACCUCAUGGUCAAGCGUUACAUCCGUCUCAUCCCGUCAGUCAAAAGCACACACUUUGUUCUGGAGCUGCGCGGCAGACAGGCCAGUCGCCUGAACACGUGGGAGGCCAUCCAGAAGGAAAACCUGCUGACGGCUCAGAAUAAGAAGCAGAGGGAGAGCGACACAGCCCGCAUCAGGAGUACCGCCGUCAAGGUGGACAGUGUGGUGAGGCAGAUGACAGAGAUCCGGGAUCAUGAUCGAAGACUGCGGCUGCUGGAGUCACAGGUGGAGUACUGUUGCAGCGCCCUCUCCUGGAUGAUGGAAGCGCUGUCUCAGAGUGACGUCAUUAAAUGUGACCGGUCACCUCCACAAAUAAAAGAGCUGACUCCGCUGUCUCCCAGAUGACUCCUGAGCCUGCACAAACACAGCCCCCAUCGAUUGUCAUCUCAUAACAUUCAGGACCUUCUACUGUGAUCUUGUUGUAAAUGUGUACAUUUGAUCAGUUUUCUACUUUGCUUGUGCAGUCAGUGUGGUCAUUACAUCACCGUUCCUGGACCCGCAAACGGCACAAGUCUUGGAUUGGUCGAGCUUUAUUAUGGCACUUUACAUGUCACAUUAAAAAGUCAACAUUCUGCUUCACACACGAAGAAAGAUGGCGAGGACUUAUGACGUCAAUAUGAAUGAAGAUGAGGGACGGGAAGAACGAAUCGUCCGUCACCUGAACUGAUCACGUCUUUUAAAUUUAGAUUUCAGAGUCAGAGCUUUAUCCUUUAACUUCUUCAUAAACACAAAGUCUCAGAGCAUUCGAGGUGAACACUCCAUCUUGAGAGUACAGACACAUGAAGUACGAAAUACUUUCCAACCUGUUUUUCCAAGACCUGAAGUUCUCCCAGCAUGAAGGUGCCACUUCUGGAGGAGUAAACAUUGUCUCUUCUGCUGACAAAAAUACAUUGUACAAAAUCGGACGGAGCAGGUAGAAGCCACGGCCUCGGGGUCGGCGGGUUGCAUCGUGGUGCUACGAGAUCGUUCGUUGGCACGUGAGGAGUGAGGUGGUUGCUAUUUACAUCUGAGGUUAAAUAACUAGCAGUCAUGCGUUUCCUGAAAACAAGUCUUCAAUAAAAAAUAAACCUGUUACA